GAGCCCUCCUUGCCAACACAUGCCCCAGUUCCUGCUUGGAUUUACUCUUGGCAAUGUGGUGGGAAUGUAUCUGGCUCAGAGCUAUGACAUACCAAACCUGGCUAAAAAACUUGAAGAAAUUAAAAAGGACAUGGACACCAAGAAGAAACCCCCUAGUUCAUGAGGCCAACUCCAGCACUGCCUCCUGGACAAACUGAUUCUACUGUUCUGAGGGCCUCCUUUACCAUCUGAACCAAAAGCUUUUGUUUUCAUCUCCAGCCUCAGCAAUUUUCUUCUUUGCUAGACCCUGUAUUGCCAUAUAGCACAAAUGGGGCCACAGGUUA